ACACAGCGCGGGGACAGAGGCUGUCGAGAAGGAGACCGACAAGAGAUUUGGUAAGCAAAAAGGGUGGCCAAGGAAGUCGCCUUAAAGCCAGCUGCUGCCGACCUCGGUCCGUGCCUUCAGUCUCCCUCCGGCCCCCGUCGCUACCACGCCCACUGCUGACACUGAUCAGCCUGCCAUGUUCUGCGACGAUGACGAGUUUUUCUUCUACCACGCCUUUCGAAAAUCAUCGUAUUCUUCACCCGACACGAGCCACAUCUUUUGCAAAUACUUCGCUAGGGGUAGCUGUAAAUUUGGGAAUGAUUGCUACUUCUCACACGAUAUAACUGACAAAAAGCCUUGCAAAAAUUACCUUCGAGAUGGAUCCUGUUCCUUUGGUGACAAUUGCUGGUACAGGCACAUUGGGGCAGAGCAGGUCAGCAAGGAGAAAGAAGAAAAGGAAGAAAAGCGAAAAAGGGAACUAGAAGAGCUGAAGGAACAUAAUGCUAGGCUACUUAAAGAACAAAUAGCUGAGAGAGAGAGAUUACGUUCUAUUCAACCAUUUGAAUUCCGAGAGCCAAAACCAAAGUCAAAGCUGACCUUAGAAGAAGCUUUAUCAAAACUGGAGGUCAUCAAAAAUGAGGUAGCUGAUCAACUUAAAGAGGAAGAACUGGAAAAGGAAGCACGGAAGAGGAAGAAAGAGAGAGGAGAACUUGAAGAAAACAUAGAGGAUGUGGAAUGGAAAGAUUUUUGUGAAUUUGAUGAAAUCUGCCACAAUUUCCGCAAGUUUGUCAACCAGUAUGACCUCACGGACUGGUCAGUGGAUGACCACAUCCAGUUGAUCUCAGCAUUCCACAUAAGUGACCAGACAGAGUGCCAGGAGUACUACCAUCCUCUCACCUUUGUGAUGGGCCCUCUAUUCCGGCUGUGGCGGCCCUCCCCGCAGGCCUGGGCCAGGUUGUGUGUGGCCAUAGUUGAGCUAUUGAAGGAGUGUGUUGACAUGGAGGAGGUGAUUCAGGCCUGGAAUGCUGCCUUAGAUGACUGUGAGAUUGAAGAUGAAAAUUAUGAGCCAGAUUCUGAGGAAAGUGAAAGUGAUGAAGAUUUCACAGAAGAUGAAGAAAAUGAGCAUGUGGUGAUUGAAGAGCUUGGUGAUCUGUGUGUCUAUUUGCAGGAGAUGGUGAAGCUAGAGAUAGAGGACCUGUCAGCAGCAGCCAAUCUGACCUUGGAAGAGGUUAUCCAGAGCCUGCCUCAUGACAUAGUAGAGCCACACAUCAUGGACCCAGAUCAGGAAGAUGAAGACAGUUGGUUCACAGCUCUAACUGAGGUAGAAUACAAGGAGAACGACUCUGAGGAUUUAGAUUAUGAGCCAGAGGAGAGCGAGGGUGAUGAUGAAGAAACCAUUGCUCAAGAGGAAGCUGAAGCUGAUGAGGCUGCUGUCAAGGAGGAGCUCCAAGACCUGGAGGCCAUGGCCCAGAUGUCCAAAGAAGAGCUACUGAGUAGUCUGCCACCAGAAGUUCUCCAGCCUCCUGUUGCUGAAUCAGAAGACGAUGAAGAGGAGGAGGAGGAGGAGGAGGAGGAAGAAGAUGAGGAUGAAGGAGUGGCAGGGGAUAUGGCUGAGGAUGAGGAUCAGGAGGAGGAGGAGGAAGUAGAUGAUGGGAUAGGUGAGGAAGAGGAGGAGGAAUACUGGGCAGUUGCACUGGCCACUGACAGGGAACUGUAUGAUGAAGAUGAUUUGGAAGAUAAAGACUACGAGCCAGCAGAGGAGGAAGGUACCACAGAUGAAGACAGCACAUCUGCAGAAACAGAUGAGGAAUCCCUUAGAAGAGAACUGAAAGAAUUGGAAGAAAUGGCAGAAAUACCAUUUGAGGAAUUUGUCUCAUCACUGCCACCAGAAAUCCUCAGAAAUUAUGGGAUAGAAAUGGAGGAUAUCCCAAUACCUGCCAGCAGUAGUCCAGACACAGAUACCAAUAAUAAUGAUGAAGGCAUCAAAAAAGAAACUGAAGAGACCCAGGAAGAUGAUGCUCAAAAUUCUGAGAAGAAAGACGAAGAGAAGACUUUUGAAGACGAUAAACAUGAGCAAACUAUUCCUGAUAAUGAGACUGAGAAAACAGAGCCAGAAAAGCCUGGUUCAGAGAAUGAAGCGGAACAAUCAAAGUUGGAAGUCAGUCUUGAUGUUCCUGAACCUCGAAGGAAAUCUGCGCCAUUACUUGCAAUGUUGAUGGCCAAAAAAUACACAGAUGCUGAGGUAUUCAUUGGGGGUCUCCUGGCUGGCCUGUUACAACUGAACCACCCAGACUGGGGGAAUAAGGAAGUGGCUCAUCUGUUUCAGAAGUUGGAGGAGGGAGGGUAUAAUUGCUUAGACAGGGCUCGGGCUUUGUUGGGAAUGUCCAUGUACUUGUCUGUGGAUGAAAUGGCUCAGUUUGUGAAUGAAUAUGUAAAGUUAACCUAUGGGAUCCAGGACCCCUAUGAGUGUCGCUGUAAGACGCCAGAGUGUACGUGUGAGAUGGAGGUGGACUGGGAAUAUUCCACUGAUGUCUUCAAGGAGUUGGCGGAUAUGGCAGGCUGGGACAGAGAAAACAAGAUACUCUUUUUCCAGAAAGCUUCGUACCAGCUUUGGCAUACAGACUGCCUGAGUAGUGCCCUGGAGAAAUAUGGCCUACUGGACAGGUCCAGGGGUGAUAUGGAUGAAGAGGCAGUCAGGGCUAUACUUAAAGGUUGCACUCCUCUGCCGUAUACAAUGGAGUACAUCCUCAAGUACUAUGGAGAUGAGCCUGGACUGGUACAGGAACUGAUGAAACAUAUUCCAGAGUCUGAGGCCAAGCCUAAGCAGUCCUCUGGGAACACUGGCUCCCACUGUGCAGGCAGGUCAGGUAACUGUAAGAACUCGGCCAAGAAGAUGUGUGAAAAUGGGAUGUGUAGUAAGUGCUGCAGACAUUCCAAACGCAUGUGUGAAAUUCAUGGCCACAAUUUGGGCUUUGAGGAUGGAGUUGGCCAUAUUGACAUCCCCAACCACCACCGCUACGUGUCAGUGAAACCUUUCCUCCACAUUCUGUCUAAUGCAGAUUGGGGGGAGGCCCUGCAGAAGAAAGGCGAGCAGGGCUACAGAAAUAUUAAGUUUGGGCCGGAUGUGGAUCUGAAGGACCACCAUAUUGAGCUUUUGGCCUCCAAGUGUCCCAAGUUGGAAGUGCUGGAGAUGGGCUCCUCUGACACAGGGUCAGGGGCCAGAGUAAGUGACCGGGCAAUAAAAUGCCUAGCUGACCGGUGUCCUAAACUGAGGAAGCUAAAAUUGGAAUCCUUCACAAGCAUCACUGAUGAAUCCCUUCAGAGGCUGUUCAAAAUGUGCUCAAAUUUGGAGUGCUUUGAGAUAAGCGGCAACGACAAAGUAUGUGGGAGACUGACAGAAAAGUUGGUAAAACAGCUGUUUAACAAAAAACUUCUCCCAAAACUCCGCUUCCUGAGUUUGCAGGAUCAGCUGAACAUUAGUCCGGAUGUGAUAUUUAGACUCCGGAGAUGCAGAACCAAUGUUAAAAUCAUACACUCGCAAUAACUUCAAUAUUUGCAGUGCUUUUUCAACGAGAACUCUCACAGACGCACUUUGUUUCAAUUUUGUGACUUAAAAAAGAAUAUUUUGAAAAUGUCACCAUGUAUAAUGAGCAAUGUAUGUACUAUUUAUACUGAUAUAUAAUGGUAUUUAUAACGAAUGAUUAUUGCUAUUUACUUACAUAUACAUCGUUUUGCAUUGACCUUGUCUCGUACUACAGUGGAUAGUCUGUUUUCUUAGCAGUUGAUGAGACAUGCACUAUUUAUAUUACCUUAUAGCACACAUGCAAAAAAAAAAAAAAACGUUUCUUCAA